UCUCAACCUCAGAGCAUAAGUUCAGGAACAAUACACUGAGAAGGACGUCUGGAUUUCUGGAGUCACUUCUCUGUAACUAUUUGAAAAUUAAUGGAAGGUUUGCAAGCCAACAUCACAGCGACAUGUCCUUCGGCGUUCCACGGCGCAACAGGCCAGCUGUUUGCAGCCGCAGUGGCGACUGUGGUAGCUGCUCAUUGCACCAUGUUCGAUGGCUACCGAUGGCCGAGGGACAGAGCUGAAGAGAUCAUUCAAAAUGGACCAACAUCUUUCGACAUCAUAGUGGUGGGAGCAGGGACCGCCGGGUCAGCGCUGGCCGGGCUUUUGGCGGAGUCCUACCCCUCCUGGUCAAUUCUCCUGGUUGAAGCCGGUGACGACCCUGGAUUGAAUAGUGAGGUCCCAGCGUUUCUCUUGUACAACCAAGACAUCAACUGGGGAUAUAAAACGAAAGCAGACAACAAGAACUGUUUGGGAUCUAUAAAUCAGCAAUGUUUAUGGAGCAAAGGGAAAGCCAUGGGUGGUUCAAGUUCCAUCAACGCCAUGCUAUAUGUCCGAGGACACCCAAAUGAUUUCCGAAAUUGGGAAAAAUCUGGAAACCCUGGAUGGUCGUAUGAAGAAAUUUAUAAAUAUUUCGAAGCUAUAGAGCACAAACUAAACUUAUCGUCAUACAAAUAUAACGAUUUUCCAUGGUACGGCAUUUUAGAUGAAGCGUAUAAGGAACUGGGUUUAACUAAAAGUCGAGUAGAGAAAAAUGAAAGCCAGAUUGGGACUAGGAUAACAAAACUACUAAUAAGUAUUGGCAAAAGACUGAAUACGGCAAAAAUCUAUUUAAAGGAAAGAGACAAUUUAUACGUUAUGAAGAACACGAUGGUACAAAAGGUUAUAUUAAAUCUCAAGAAUAAUAUGGCUACAGGCGUUGAACUUAGACAUCGAAACGGAAUUGUUAUGCAAAUCAAAACAACCAAAGAAAUCAUACUAUCAGCUGGAUCCAUAGCAACCCCUCAAAUACUUUUUUUGUCAGGUAUAGGCCCUAAACAGCAUUUGAAAGAAAAAGGAAUACAAACUUUAUUUGACUUACCAGUAGGACAAAAUUUACAAGAUCAUGUACUUGUUCCUUUAGUUUUUAAAACAAACCAACAUACCAUUAUCACACCUGAAAUGAAGAUAUCUAUGUUAUUAGAAUACAUGUUCACAAAGACCGGGUUUUUGUCUAACAUAGGACUUGUAGAUUAUAUGGGUUUCAUCAAUACUAAUCAUAAAAAUGAUACUCCAGAUAUACAAUAUUUUCACAUGUAUUUUACAAAAAGCGACGAAACAUUAAGAACUAAUUUAGCCGGUUUUGGAUAUAACGGAGAAGUUAUCAAUGCAAUAACUGCUAUCAACAAGAACAGUGAUAUCUUUGGAGUGUAUCCUACAUUAUUGCAUCCGAAAUCUAAAGGUGAGAUAAAAUUAACUAACUCAUAUCCUGGAACAGCGCCUGAGAUUAAUUCAAACUACUUUCAUGACCCUGAUGACAUAGAAACUUUUCUCAGAGCUAUAAAAGAAGCAAGGAAAUUACAACAAACAGAAACACUUAAGAAAUUCGAAAUAGAACUGGUCCCUCUAAAACUAUCAGGUUGUGCUGGUUUCGAGUUAGAUUCCGAAGAAUAUUGGACAUGUUACAUUCGUCACAUGGCAGUAACAAUAUUUCAUCCUGUAGGCACGGCCAAAAUGGGUCCGAAAGAUGACACCACAUCAGUGGUAAAUGAACGUCUUUUAGUUCAUGGAUUGAAGAAUCUGAGAGUGGUAGAUGCUAGUAUUAUGCCGAGCAUAACAAGUGGUAAUACCAUGGCGCCAACAUUGAUGGUAGCAGAAAAAGCUUUCGACAUGAUUAAAAAGCAGUACGAAUUUCGGGAUGAGUUGUAAGUCAAAUUACCACUUUCUACAUCUUAUACAUAAUACUUAUUGAUUAAUACAAAGUAAUUAGAUAUUACUAAGCGCUUCGCAAUCUGAACUAAAGAAUGUCCUUCAGGCCACUUCGUGAAGUCAGGUCAAACAGGCAUUGGUGUCAUGACACGCAAGUGGCCGUAAAGUGUCAAAUUGCAAGAGUAACUUGAGACAAGGGCCGACCUUGUAUUGUACUGCUAUUUUCUUGUAAUCUUGAGAAGGUGGUACAGGUGUAACAUAGCAAAUAGUGAUAGUUUGACUCUAUAAGCUUCUAUUAGCUCUACCAAAAAUAAAUAAAUAUCUGAAUACUAAAUGUAUUUUUAAAGGUAAACAAAGCCCAACAUGCACUGCUCACUUAUCAAGAAGUUUCAACUGUGUUUUUCUGUGAUUUUAGUGAAGACUAGUAAAUACUAUGUAUAAGAAAGAGCAUAUAUUUUCGCAAUAAAAUUGUUAGUUUUAAUUUUUUUGUUGA